AUGGAGGAUUCAGCUUCUGCUCUACAUUCUUUCUGGUUCUGUGUUUAUUCCCUCCACAAAGUGGGUUCGGCUCGAUUGGUCUGUCCAGCCAUGGGUUCGGUAAAAGAAGUCCUGAUCGUGAUGUUGGUGUGUCAUGUUAGGGCCUUGUCUGCCAGAAUGAGCCCAUGGCUCGGGUAUGAGUCCGGGCCCUGCCUGAGCUGGAGGCUGGGAGUCGAGACCAACAACAUCAGGUUUUGGCGCACCGUCCCCUCCGACUGCCUGCGGUACAUGCAGAACUACAUGCUGGAAGGUCAGUAUGAACAUGACCUAAAUAUGGUCGUCUAUCAGAUAACCAGCUACAUGCUAACAAUUGAUCAGGUGGGAGACGGCUUCGAUUCCUGGAUCUUUGAUGUGGAUGAUACAUGCAUCUCCAAUCUUGAGUACUAUAGGAGAUCGAGAAGAUUUGGCGUGGACCCAUUUGACCCCUUAGAUUUCAAGAGUUGGGCAGUUGGAGGGUGUUCCCCAGCUAUACCAGCAGUGCUAGAACUGUUUCAGCAUUUGACAGAUAGUGGCUUCAAGGUGUUCCUUAUCACAGGCAGGGAUAUAGACUCUCUGGGUAAAGCCACUGAGCAGAAUCUUGUGAGCCAGGGAUUUAUUGGUUAUGAAAGACUCAUAUUAAGAGGGCCUGAGUACAGAGGCCAAAGUGCCAUUGUGUUUAAAUCUGCAGCACGACGAGCAUUGGUGGAAGAGGGAUACCGCAUAUGGGGCAAUGUUGGAGACCAGUGGAGUGACCUAGUUGGUGAUUGUCUAGGAGAACGAACGUUCAAGCUUCCUAAUCCAAUGUACUUUGUUCCUUAGCCAAAUAUUACUUGCAAAAACAUCAUAGUUCGAAGACUCAUAAUGGUAGUUGGGCUCCAUGGUCCAGGCAUAUUAUUGAAUGCAUAAGCUGCAAAAAUCAAAUGGAUAUGCAACUACCAUUGCUUAAUCAAAAGCAGAUAAGUCAGAGGCCAUAGCCUAAAACCUGUUUGAUGCAAGUGUUCUAAAGUUAAUUGUUGAGAAAAAUGUACAAUGUUCUUGAGCUUUGGUUUCGAGAAAACAGCCUCUUUCUUUACUGUGUUUCUUUCUGAGACUCUGUUUAGGAGCUGAGCAUUAAAGGUGAGGUCAUAGAAAUGCUGAUGUCCAGCUAUUUUGCCU